CAACUUGGUGCUCUUCGAUGCUUGGACUUAUCACAUUGCAAGAGGCUUACACAGCUGCCAGAAUUUCCAGUUCAAUUAGAUACAAUAGAAGCAGACUGGACAAAUUAUUGGAUCUGUAAUUCGCUAUUUCGGAAUCUCUCAUUAUUGCAGCACGACAUCUCUGCUUCAGAUUCCUUGUCGCUUAGAGUGAUUAGAGGUUGGCGGUGGCAUGGGAUGCCAAGGUUCCCAUACCAGGGAAUUGAUGGUGUAUCGGUCUAUUUGCCAGAGAAUUGGUACAUACAUGAUAGCUUCUCGGGAUUUGCUGUAUGUUAUCAUGGCAUAUUAACUGACAUCACGGCUCACUUGAUUCCCUUAAAUGAUGAUGGGGUGUCGUGCAUCACACGGAAACUUGUCUUGUCCAACCACUCAAAAUAUUCUCUAGAACGUAAUGGUAUUCAUUUUUUCUUGAUACCUUUUGCUGGUUUAUGGGAUAUUUCUAAGGCAAAUGGAAAAACGCCAAAUGACUAUAGGCACAUCAUGUUAUCUUCCUCUGAAAAAAUUAAGUAUAUAUUUCGUUUGUUGUAUAAGAUGAACUAGGCGUUUAGGCCUUGUUGCAAAUAAAGGAAAAUAAGGAUGAAUAUUGCCUCGGGACAAGGAGGACCAGAUAUGAUGAUAGCAAACACCAUGAUGAAGACAGUCGCUCCUCUUCUAAGAAACAAAGGCCACAUUGCAGCCUUCUUUCUUUUCCCUCUUUGUUUCGCCUAUUGCCAAGAGCUCAUCGAUGGGUGAUUUACAUUUCAUCUUUUCUCCCUUUAAGAUGGAUUAACCAAGCAACCGGAGCAAGGAAGAAGUAUUUCCAGUAGUCAAACGUACCUCUAGUGAUAGAGCAACUAUUCUUCCAUCAGGAUGCAGAGCUCAAAUACUUUCUCCGCCACCACCAAGUUCUACCAAAGUAGCAUACUUCUUUAUUGAUUCCGAUCCACUGUCAAAUCUGCAUGUGGUAGCAAUACGAAGUACAGUUUUGUUAUUUAGAAUUAGAGUUGUCUGACAUAGCAUCAAAUUAGAAUCAAACAAGAUGAACAUGUACAUAGCUAUAGAAACACUAAUGCUAUUUACAUAGCUAUAUAAUUAAUUUGUUUUUGUUGUCUUUA